CAAUCAGAAGCAAUGGGAGAAACCUCAGCCUCCUGGCAAGCAGCUGAGCACAGCAGGUCUGCGGCGCAAGGGUCUGGGAGCCCACAGCGGAGCGAAGCAGAGGUGAGCAGGGGAAGUGAGAGAUGCCACGGUGGCAGGGGGUGGCGCUAGCCCGGAUGGCGGACAGUGACUCUGGGGUGCCCUUCCGGGGAGGCAGCUGUCUUGGCUCAGGAUGGUCUCCCCUUCCCUGAGGCCAAGCAGGCCCCCUCCUGCUCCUGCCUCCUGUGCUUGCGAAGAAGGUCAUCUCCAGGGCUCUCCAGAGGCCGGCCGGGGUGGGGAGGUGGUCCUGGGCCCUGGUUUGGCGCCCCUCCUAUAACCGGAGGACUCCUGCAGCCAGAGGACUAGAGAGGGAGGCGAGAUUCCGGGAGCUGUGGAUGAAUAAUGCUGGUGAGCAUCUGGUCUUCAGGGAAGCCCCGGCUGGGAAGAUGGGGCCGGUGGUGGAACCCCAGGAGACAGCGUCUCUUUGCAGGGCACGGCCCUGCUCGGAGGCUUCGGGCCUUGGGGAGCCUGGCGGGGACGGCCCUGCUUGCAGCCCUCUGGCUCCUGUGGCUACUCUGGUCCACCCCUGGGGAAGCCCCGGCACCACAGCACACGCUCACCAUCCUCAUCUGGCACUGGCCCUUCACCAACCGGCCCCCAGAGCUGCCCAGCAACACCUGUACCAGCUACGGCGUGGCCCACUGCCGCCUGAGCACCAACCGCAGCCUGCUGGCCACCGCUGACGCUGUGGUUUUCCACCACCGCGAGCUGCAGACCCGGCGGGUCCGCCUGCCCCUGGCCGAGCGUCCACGUGGACAGCCCUGGGUGUGGGCCUCCAUGGAGUCUCCCAGCCAUACCCACGGCCUCAGUCGCCUCCGCGGCGUCUUCAACUGGGUGCUGAGUUACCGGCGGGACUCUGACAUCUUUGUGCCCUAUGGCCGCCUGGAGCCCCGAGAGGGGCCUGCCCCACCGCUGCCAGCCAAGGACAGGGUGGCUGCCUGGGUGGUAAGCAACUUCCAUGAGCGGCAGCGGCGUGUGCAGCUGUACCGCCAGCUGGCACCUCAUCUGCGGGUGGACGUGUUUGGCCGCGCCACCAGGCGGCCGCUGUGCACCAACUGCCUGCUGCCCACUGUGGCCCGGUACCUCUUCUACCUGUCCUUCGAGAACUCCCAGCACCGAGACUACAUCACCGAGAAGUUCUGGCGCAAUGCGCUGGCAGCCGGUGCCUUGCCAGUGGUGCUGGGGCCCCCGAGGGCCUCCUACGAGGCCUUUGUGCCACCUGAUGCCUUCGUGCACGUGGACGAUUUCGGCUCGGCCCGCGACCUGGCUGCCUUCCUCGCCAGCAUGAACGAGAGCUGCUAUCGGCGCUUCUUUGCCUGGCGAGACCGGCUCCGCGUGCGGCUGUUCAGCGACUGGCGGGAGCGCUUCUGUGCCAUCUGUGCCCGCUACCCCCAUCUGCCCCGUGACCAGGUCUACCAGGACCUCAAGGGCUGGUUCCAGGCCUGAGCGGAGGGCAGCAGAGGGGGAAGGUGGCUGGGAGCUGGCAGUGUGGGUGUAAGGCUGGGUGUUGAAAUCAAACCACCGGGCAUCCGGCCCCCACAGCAACCAUCAGGCUAAUUUGGAGGCUGGGGUUGGAGGCCUGGAAGCAAGGGUGAGGGAAGAGCGGGCGGUCUGGGCAGGCUGCCUGGAGGAGGAGGCUGGUGGCAUUGGAGGAGGCAUUUGGGGGUGGAGGUGAGAGCAGGGAGAGAGUAAUGGGGGUGCAUGUUGCUAGCCGAUCAAAGAUAAGAGGCUAUUGAGGACCUCCCUCCCCAGCUUGGUCAAAUCUUGGGGGGGUCCAAGGCUUUCUCUGGAUGUGGGGCUGAGAGGCUGGAGGCAGGGCCCUUGGUGCCAAGAACAUGCCACCCUGCGGUUGGUGGGGGCAAAACCUGAGCCCCCCGAACCUCCUCUGUAACCGAGGUCCCCUGACCAGGACGCACAACCAGGUCGCCCUGCUCCAUCCACAGUGCUGGAGCCCCUGCGUGCAGACUGGUGUGGGGCCCUGGGAGACUGUGACGGGCCAGCCAGGUUAUUCGGCUUUUUGCAGCCUGCAGUCCACUCGGGGAGGAGGCCUCAGUCAAUAAAGAAACGAAG